AUGGCCAUCCUCCCUGCUAGUGACGCCAGCGGACCCUCGUCAAGUCUUUUUUCGAGCCAUAUCGAGGUUCCCAAAGUCAUGGCGAAGGUGAGGCAGAAGAAGUGGUUUGGUGAUGCAUUUUUUGGUGUUGAGUGGACAUUCAGAGGUUCAAGUGUGGCUGAGGAUGUCGGCGAUUCCGAUGCUCCGACUGUGGCUCAACUAAGGCGGUGCACAUCAGCCACUCACCGCGCAUUCGCGCCCAAAGCUCCUGCAGCUCUCCACCACACGCACCAACACGAAGCGCGCCCGCACACCGCACACCGCAUCGCAAGGCAGCGAGCUCUCAGUCCGUCUCGGCAGCAAGGGGAAAAAAGAGGCUCAGCAGGUUCUUUGCCCUGGUCUCUGACCCCGUACAGACCCCGUCGAGACCCAACCUCCUCCAGUCAUCUCCCCAGUCACGUCGAGUCCGCGCCCACCUCGUGA